AUGGCAGAAUCAGCUGAACUUAUUACAAAUAACGACCAACUAGUUGAGGAAUCAACCAUUUCAGGAAAAGGAUCAUUUAUUGUUCAUUUUAGAAUACAACAACGUAAUGGAAGAAAAUGUGUAACAACAAUUACAGGUAUUCCAGAAAGGUAUGACGCUGAUUUAAUUCUUAAGCACUUUAAACGUACAUUUAAUUGUAACGGCUCAUUACAAAAAUCAAAAGAUGGCGAAGUUGAAUUUAAGUUAUCAGGUGAUCAACGUAAAGCUGCCUCAAAUUUCUUCCUUGCUGAAGGUAUUCUUCUUCCAGAAAAUAUUAAAAUCCAUGGUUUCUAA